AUGAUGAAUCAUGGAAAGCGUGUUGUGGCUGUGGCAAUUGAGAAUAACAAGACAAGCCAAAGUGCUGCAAAAUGGGCAGUGGAUAAUAUUCUUCCAAAGGAUCAAGAUCUCUUACUCAUCCAUGUUAAGCAAAGAUCAUCAUCAGAUAAUAGUCGUUCACCAUUGAGAAGCUAUGAGAUGAAAGAAGGUACGGAUAGACCACAUGACAAAGAAUCAAAGGAGCUUUUUGAGUCGUUUCGAGUCUUUUGCAACAGAAAGAAUGUACACUUCAAAGAAAUUUUGUUAGAGGACACAGAUAUAUCAAAGGCAUUAGUAGAAAGUGUUACCACAUAUUCCAUUGAGCUUUUAGUACUUGGGGCAGCAUCAAGGAGUGGUCUUGCUAGAUUUAGGAUGAGUGAUGUUCCAAGCACGGUGUCAAAAGCGGUACCGUCAUUCUGCACCGUCUAUAUAAUCUCCAAAGGAAAGAUCUCAUCCGUUAAAACUGCGACCGUAUUACUCUCUCCGAAACCUGCGUCGCAGAAUAAGAUCCACUCUUCUCUGGCUCAACGUGCUGAGCGACCACGCAACCUCACACUCCCACGACAUGUUUCAGGUGGAUACCAAUCUCUUGAUUUUGAUGAGAUAUCAAUGCUUCCAGCCGGAUCAUUUCCAGACAAACACGCAUAUGCACGCCGUAAUCGCGGCAGUGAUGAAGCCAUAUCACCAUACGAGACAAAAAGAAGAAACUACGCACCAAAUAAUGUACCUGAAGAUUGUGACAUAUCAUUUGUGGCGAGUGCAAAACCAAGUGUUGAUAGGCUCUUCCCUUCGUUGUAUUCCGAUGAUUAUUUUGAUGGAACCAGAUCAAGAUCAAGAUCCCCCCAAGAAUCAGGACAGAAAUCUUUCAUGUGUGAUGACUACUCAUUCACCUCUCUAUCAUCGCCAACAGAGAACGAAGAAAUGGAAGCUGAGGUAAGGAAGCUAAAGCUAGAACUGAAGCAGACAAUGGAGAUGUAUAGCUCAGCUCGCAAGGAAGCUCUAACAGCAAAGGAGAAGGCAAUGGAGCUUCAACGGUGGAAAAAGGAAGAAAAGAGGAAGAUGGAAGACUUACAAAUAUCGGAAGGAGCGGCAUUGGCUAGUCCAGGGGGGGAGAAAGAAAAGGAUCAAAAGAUGGCAGAGUCUGAAGCACAGAAAAAAAUUAGUCCAGAUAAAACAUCUCCGCGAGAAGCACCACAGAUGAAGAGAGGACUAGAACCUCUAGGAGUUGGUACUGCAAUGUACCGAAGGUACUCCAUUGAGGAAAUCGAGGAAGCGACACAAAAGUUCUCAGCAGCUUUCAAGAUCGGUGAAGGAGGCUAUGGCCCUGUAUACAAGGGUGAAUUAGAUCACACACCGGUUGCAAUAAAACUUUUGAGGCCAGAUGCAACUCACGGAAGGGAACAAUUUAAUCAAGAGGUUGAAGUGUUAACUUGUAUAAGGCAUCCAAACAUGGUUCUCCUCCUCGGAGCAUGCCCAGAGUAUGGUUGCUUAGUGUAUGAGUACAUGGCUAAUGGGAGCUUGGACGAUUGCCUCCUCCGACGAGGGAAGUUACCGGCUCUUCCUUGGCAGCUAAGGUUCCAAAUUGCUGCAGAGAUAGCCACAGGCCUCCUAUUCCUUCACCAGACAAAGCCAGAGCCCAUUGUACACCGCGACUUGAAGCCAGGAAACAUUUUGCUAGACCGGAAUUUCGUGAGCAAGAUCAGUGAUGUUGGGCUAGCCAGGCUUGUCCCUCCUUCGGUUGCAGACGCCGUCACUCAGUAUCGUUUGACAUCAACAGCUGGAACAUUUUGUUACAUUGACCCUGAGUACCAACAGACUGGCAUGCUUGGAAUCAAGUCUGAUAUUUACUCACUCGGGAUCAUGCUUCUCCAAAUUGUGACAGCUAGGUCACCAAUGGGUUUGGCUCAUCAUGUUAAGAGGGCCAUUGCCAAAGGGACUUUGGAAGAGGUGCUUGAUCCAGCUAUUUCUGACUGGCCAAUGGACCACACCUUGCAUUUCACCAAACUCGCCUUGAAAUGCGCCGAAAUGAUGAGAAAAGAUAGACCUGAUCUUGGGAAAGUUGUCUUACCUGAGCUCAAUAAACUUAGGACAUUUGCUGAAGAAAACAUGCCUCCUAUGAUGAUGUUUGGAAGAGCCUUCUCUCCAAGACCACAACAAUGAGUCAAAAUCACCAAUAUUAAAUUUGUUUAUUCUUUUUUAGAAAACUUAAGGAAUGUAUCAAGUAUGUCA